UCUGCUUCUCUCUCUCUCUCUCUCCUCAUCUCUCUUAAUCAAUUUCUUUACCCCUUUUUUCUGUUUUAAAUUCUACACAGAAUACUUUCCCCAAAUUUGUCUGUAAUUUAGAGGGCCUAUCCUCCUUUCUCCUGAACUCCAAAUUACUGGGCUUGAGCUCCCAAUUCCCAAAUGCCUCUCAAAGACAUCAUCUUUGGAUAAAAUCAAGACUUUCUUGAAGAACUUGAAGGCAUUUUCCGAUGUGGGUCGCUGUUAUUUUGACUGGAUAGUCGAGAAUUGAAGAAGCCAAAUCUUUUGUGCAUAAAUCAGUGGGGAGAAAGGGGAAGAAAAGAGGAAAAAGUGUUGAAAGGCAUUAAGAAAUGAGGGAUUUCCCUUCUUGUUUUGGGGAAACUGGUGUUCAAGUUGCUGAUUUUUCAUCAUCAAGUGCUAAUAAUAAAGCUGCUGCUCAAAAUUUGGCGACUUGUAUAUAUCAGUGUAGAUUGCGUGGGAAAUCUUGGCUGCUAAACGUUACAUGGAGUAAGAAUUUGAUGGGGCAGGGCCUUAGUGUGGGGAUUGAUGAUAACACCAACCAGUGCCUAUGUAAGGUUGAUAUAAAGCCAUGGUUGUUCUCUAGGAAGAAAGGUUCAAAGACUUUAGAAGCAUAUUCUUGUAAGAUUGAUGUGUAUUGGGACCUUUCAUCAGCUAAAUUUGGAUCUGGCCCGGAGCCGUUGCAAGGAUUCUAUGUGUGUAUUGUCUUUGAAAGGCAAAUGCUUCUGCUUCUCGGUGACAUGAUAAAAGAAGCUCUGAAGAAAACAGGUGCUUCCCCUGCUGCUUCUGGUGCUGUUUUUAUUGCCAAGAGAGAGCACAUAUUUGGCAAGAAGAUUUUUGGAACAAAGGCUCAGUUUUGUGAUAAUGGUCAAAUCCAUGAUCUCAUUAUUGAAUGUGAUACAAGUGGCAGCAGUGACCCGUACCUUGUGAUCCGUGUGGAUAGUAAGCCAAUGAUGAAGGUGAAGCGGCUUCACUGGAAAUUUCGGGGCAAUCAUACCAUCUUGAUUGAUGGCCUUGAGGUAGAAGUGUUUUGGGAUGUCCAUAAUUGGCUUUUUGGUACAACUUUUGGGAAUGCAGUAUUCAUGUUUAAGACUAGUCAUUCAGCUGAGAAAUUGUGGGCUAGUCAGCCUCUUUGUGAUCCCCAGACACAGCAUUGGUCCUGGUCACAGAGAUUCCGGGAAUCCCAGUCGCCUAGUCUUGAUUUCUCACUGUUUUUGUAUGCUUGGAAGAACGAAUAGGGGAUUCAGGGAUUCAACCUUGACUUGCUAACAUUAUACUUGUAGUGAGUUGUCAUUUAUUGAGUAUGUAAUUUGAUUUAUACUUCAUUUUAAACUUUAUCGUUUUGUCAUAUAUUCAAUUUCUCAAUUAGUUCAAAGAGAUCAGAUACAGAGACAUUUUUUCAUGGUUUACUUGUAAAUUAUUUAAUUGAAGUUUUUGUUCAUUUGCCUAA